AUGGAAGGCACAAUCGCUGGCCCGUCUCGCCUGCCGACCAUUUCCACUGACGACGAGGAGAAGACCGCCGAGAGCGGUGUCGCCGGUUCUGCGCAGCCAACUUCAGGAGGACCGACUGGAGACUUAGAGUCACAGCCACCCGCUCAGCCAGAUCCCAACGCUCUACCGGAAUCUGCCUGUGAAACGCUAUACAUCCAAAAUCUAAAUGAGAAGGUACAGGUGGAUGUGAUGAAGCACACUCUGCAGAACCUAUUCAAGACAUACCGCCCGGUUCUGCCCAUCGUCGCUCAUCGGAAUGUCAGGAUGCGAGGCCAGGCGUUUGUCAGCUUUCCAGAUAGGGAACUGGCAAAUAGGGCGAGGAAGGAGGUCAACGAGUUCCCGCUGUAUGGAAAGGCGAUGGUGAUCACAUUUGCAAAGUCAAAAUCUGACGCGACCGUCAAGCGUACUGCGGGCGAGGAGGCAUUGGAGGAGCACAAGAAGGAACGUCUGGCCGACAAGAAGCGCAAGCGAAGAGACAAUCCUCUCCGCCGCAAAGCACUGGAAAAGCUCAAAGCAGGCGACGAUACCGCAGCACCAUCUGCGGCACCCGCUAAGAAGGCUCGUGUCACUAUGCCUGACGAAUACCUCCCACCCAACAAUAUUCUCUUCAUCCAGAAUUUGCCAGAGGGAACGACGUCAGACGAUCUCCGCGAGGUGUUUGAGCUGCAUCCUGGACUGGUCGAGAUCCGUACCAUCCCUGCGAAGAAAGAUAUCGCGUUUGUCGAAUACGCGGACGAAGCUGCGGCGACUAUAGCCAAAGACAUACUGCACAACUUCAAAAUCGACGGCGAGACCAAGAUGAAGGUAACGUACGCAAGGCGGUGA